AGUUUGUGAAAAUGCAGUGGUUAUUUUCUAUAGGACACAUUUACAUUUUGACAUUUUGCUCUUGGUGGAGAUGUGAAGACUUGAACAUGUCUGGCCCUCCAGUGGAUCUGUCAUUUAAAGAUAUCAGCCAUGUUUCAGGUGCUUUGUCUGAGGUACCCCGAAGUGGCUUGCGGCCUUUACAAACAAACUCAAAGGGCAAGUACCUGAGCUGCUCUUUGCGUCUGAGUAACAACAACAUCACAGACCUCGUCGGCCUCCAGUACACGCUCGGCCACUUUCUGGCUCAACCAUCAAAGCUCGGCUGGCUGGACCUGUCCUUCAAUAAGAUCACAAGCAUAGAUCCAGUCUUGUGCGAGCUGUGUGAACUGCGUGUGUUGUACUUUCAUGCCAACGGCAUCUGGAACCUAACAGAUAUAAACAAACUGGGGGAGCUGCAGUAUCUGCACACUAUCACAAUACAUGGAAAUCCCAUUGAAGCCCACAAAGGCUACAGGAAUCAUGUGAUUUCCGUCCUGCCUCACCUGAAGAUGAUGGACUUCAGUUCUGUGACACGCGAUGAGCGAGCUUUGGCAAAUGUUUGGUGCCACAGCACAAACCGUGGCAGAAACACCAAGAGUCUCCAGUAACUAUUAUGACUACAUUAAGUCAUUCCUUUAAAUAAUCAACCAUUAACCUAAUGUAAAAACUACUCUGAAAUUAAAUGUUUCCUUCUCCUAAAAUCUAACACUAAUACUAAUGAUUCCAAUAAAUCUUACUGAAAGGAUAUUACUGGAUGUUUUUGGAGCCCAGACACUUCCUCAUGUGCCAACAACAUAAUGAUACAACUUUUAUGCAAAAUUAGUAACAUUUGACCAUAGAAGGUGUAGGUUUAUCCACAUACAUUUAAGUAUUUUGUUCAACCAGUUGUAAAAUAUGAGAAUAUUGGCCUAUUUAGCUCCUUUGUUGACAUAUAUUACUUACGUAAACAAGUCUGUAACAGCACAAGAUGACAACCAGCCAACCAUUCUGGUUUAUUUACAUAACUACCAAACAAAGGCACUCUGAAUUAAAAUCCUUCAGUAUUAGUGGUAAACGUGUGCUGGAGACUUCUAAAUCCACUCAAUCCAGAACUGAAUGUGAAAAUAACCAGGGCAACAGCAAAUCAAAACAGGGUUUGGCAUUUAAUAUAAUAGUCAAAUGUACAGUAUUGUUUCAGUUGGACAUGCAUGCAAAAAUCAUCUCAUCUCAAAAGUCCCAUGUGAAACCAGCACAAGACAUCAUACUUGACUACAGUUUCAAAUGAAGAAUUUUUUUACACUCUCAUAUUAAUUCUUAAAGUCACAUGACAUCAACACUUGUAUGGCUCUUGCAAUAAACUGAUGAUUGGUUAAAGUGUGUUCUUUAAUUCACUGCCCAAGAGGAUGAGCCAGUCCGACAGUUAACAGUUAGGCCUAUGAUUUGACCUUUAAUGCAUGUAAAAUGUGUGUAUUCUGCUAAUACUGUUAAAAUAUUAGGUAUUCUCUUUACACAAUACUGAUGGUGUCAUUUGUCAUAAAAAGUAUCAAAAUGGGGGCUUUUUUU